AUGGAGCAUCUGGCGCUGGGCUUGGUGCUGCUGGCCGGGACCCUGGCCGUCAGUGGAUCCCACCGCCGGCGAGACCUCGACCCUGUCAAGGAGCUGGCGCUGGACAUGGCCCCCACCUCCUUCGACGACCAGUACCGGGGCUGCAGCCGCAUGAUGGAGGAGGAGCUGGAGGAGCUCAACCGCACCGAGUUCGCCAACAACAGCGUCUAUGCCAAUGCUUGGACCCAGGCUGCUGCCGAAUGGAGGAGCCGGCAGUACCGUGUCCCCCAGCCGCUGGUGCUGCGGCCAAAGCAGGCGGUCGCCCUCCUGGCGUACACCCAGCAGGGGCCCCUGCACCGGGCGUUCAACGCAGCCGUGCGUGAGGCUGGGCGCUCCCGCAGGGAAUACCUCAGUGCCUUCGGCUUCAAGGCGCUGCAUUUCCUCCUGAGCGAGGCCCUGCGUGUCCUGCGGGAUGCCCGGCCCCGCCAAUGCCACCACGUCUACCGAGGUGUCCAGGGAAUCCGCUUCACUGCCCAGCGCCAUCAGUCCAUGCGCUUCGGCCACUUCACCUCCGCCUCCCUCCGGAACGAGAGCACGCUCCCCUUUGGCCGGGACACCUUCUUCUCGGUUGAGACCUGCUACGGCAUCCCCAUCAGGGACUUCUCCUUCUUCCCCGAGGAGGAGGAGGUCCUCAUCCCACCCUUCGAGCGCUUCGAGGUCACCGACGUCGCCCAUGAUGGGGACAGAGCCCUCAUCCACCUCCGCUCCCAGGACGUGCUCAGCACCUACAACUGCGAGUUGGUGAAAGGUGGGACGAGAUUCAAGAGCUGGCCCUGUGCCUUCAGCACAGGCUGGAGCAUCCCUGGGGACCACCCGCACCUCUGGGGGCUCCUCCUGGCAGCCACGGCCCUGGCGGCCGCCGGGGCCCCCUGA